AUGCACCACGUCGAAGAACCAAUCGCUCAGAUGGAGGACUUCAACAUGCUCAGUGAUAGUGAUAUGGAUAUGGUUGAUGGGUUGGUGCCAAAUUCUGUCGCCUGUGGCUUUAUCCCUACCUCCAACCCCGCUGAUUUCAAGGAGAAUAUACCUCCUCCAGCAGAGGAUGAAGGCACCAUUGACGACGAUGCUACCGAUGUGGCUACUGAGGUAGCUACCGAGGUUGAUCUCAACGAAGUCAUGGAGGACUUGGACAUCGAUCAUGACUAUGAGGCGUCCGAGAGUGGGGAUGAUAGCGAGUACAGUGAGGAGGAUAUGGACCUUGCGGAUGGUGAUAGCGAGCAAGGUGUCGACAGCGACUGGGGGGAUGAUGAAGAACGGAGAGAAGAUGAAGAAGAUGAAGAAGAAGACUACGAUCCUGAAAACGCGCCCAUCAAGAAAUCCAGUGUUGAUCGCAUCGAAGACACCUUCGAUCAUCUGUAUGAAAAUGAAACAAAUCUAUCAUCUUCUCAUCAUGAUGAGGAUGAUAGCAUGGAAGAUCUGGUCUACGGGGAUAGCGAAAGCGAUGACUCUGGAUCAGAUGAGUCUGAUGAUGGGGACAUGGAGGAUAUCUCAACCGACGACCAGGAUGAACCUGUCUGUUGCAUCUGCUCGAAAAUGGAUAUGUCAGACGAUGACGAUGAGAGUGAAUCUGAGGAUGAAUCUGAGAAUGAUUCUGAGGAUAAUUCUGAGGAUAAUCCUGAGGAUGAUUCUGAAUACGACGAUGAACACGUCCACGACGAUGAACACGUCCACGACGAGGAUGACGCUGUGUGCUUCCCUGGAUGCGACUAUCUAGGAUGGACCAACUAUGUGGAAGGGCGCAAGAAGAAGCAGGGGAUUAUUCAUGAUCUGCGCCCGUACUCAAAGGAUCCAACGGCGAAACUAGAUGUGUUGAUUAAAAUCACAACUUACUGUCUACCUACCCUAAUUCGCGUCCCCGUGAAGCCACUAGUCCUUUCAUCCAGGGUCUUCGCCGAAAUCUUCGGAUAUCAAGAAACCGACGACGCACAGCCUAACAACCAGGCUCACUGGGACGAGGAUGAGCUUGUCUGGGUGAAAGAUCUGUCAUACGAUUGGCCCAAUCCCGCAGCUAUGCUAUGGGUUCUGCAAACCCUGAACAGGGGAUGGGUCAAUUGGCAAAAACCUGUUGAGCUUGUGUUUCUCAAGGACAUCGCGGUUAUUGUGGAUAGAUUCGAGCUACGAGAUGCCAUGAAGCCCCUUUCGGCUGCCUGGCUGGAAAACACCUGUGUGAGACCGGAAAGAUAUGUGCCCUCACACAAAGAGCUAGUUGACUGGGUGUUGUUCAUUACUUGGGUAUUUCAGUCUGGAUCCGGACGGGAUUUCCGAUAUGCUACGCGUGGUGUGAUUAUGGAUUACACGUUCAAGUCCAAGCCAAAAGACGGACUUCUGCCCAGGGAUAUGUAUGAAGCUAUUUACCAGGCUCGAUCGGAGCUGUAUCAGAGCUUUGAGGAAAUUAUCCGGAAAUACUUGAGUUUCACGCUUGAUAACGAGCAGAAGAUUUAUCGGACUCCCUGUGAGCAUCAAUCAUUGCAUCCUUGGCUACUAAUCUUUACGGCCGUGGAAAAUCCAAGCGCGCACAAGGUGUCGCUGAGUCGUGUUCAUCAGAAGAUGAAAUCGCUGGUGUUCAACCCCCUAAAACCUGAGACUUUAUACUGUGCGUGGUGUGAGGGCACAUGGAGAACCCUACAAGCCUGCGAAGAUGAGAUGCGACGGACACUGGGGAUCGACUGUGAUGGGAAUCAGGUACAAGAGUCCGACAAAUGCGAGAGUACGUGUUUGCAUCUGCCGCAGUUCAACUUCGAGCGAUGGUCCUGGCCUAGUCCAGACUGGGUGGGAUGUAGGGCUGAUACAAAGCCGUGCACGAAGGUCGAUGGGUUUGACGCAAGUCCUGAAAAGGAUGAAGACAGCAAAGUGUGUUUUUAG